ACUGGCGAGUCCUUGGGUCGGCCAUACCUACUCCACUACUGUUCUAUAUGUACUGAAGUACACAUAUCGGUCCAAAUAUCGCUUUCAAUAAUCGCCAAGAUUCUUGCUUGAGUGGUAGAGACCAUCGUCAUCAUGGCAUGGGUAAUGUCCCGUCUAGUCCAUUCGGCUCUCCGACCCAGUGUGCGCAGCGCCAUUACCGCUGCCACGUCCGUCACCGCCCGCAGGCAGCCUCUGUCGAGCUCGAGCUCGAUUUGGUCGCCCCGGAUCCAGCAUCCCGCCCCCGCGUUCCAAGCCCAAGCUGUGGUGAACGGUCAGUUCCAAGAGAUCCAAUUGUCCGAUUAUAAGGGCAAAUAUCUGGUGUUGUACUUUUACCCGUUGGAUUUCACGUUCGUGUGUCCCACCGAGAUCAUCGCUUUCUCGGAUCGCAUUCAGGAAUUCCGGGACAUCAAUUGCGAGGUGGUGGGCGUGUCCACGGAUUCGCACUUCUCGCAUUUGGCCUGGAUCAACAUGCCGCGGAAACAGGGCGGCUUGGGUGGACUCAACUAUCCGUUAGCCGCGGAUUUCAAUAAGCAAAUCGCGCGCGAUUAUGGCGUCUUAUUGGAAGAGGCUGGUGUCGCUCUCCGCGGGUUGUUCAUCAUUGAUCCCGAGGGCACUUUGCGGCAAAUGACGGUCAAUGAUUUGCCAGUGGGCCGAUCCGUGGACGAGACCUUACGACUGGUCCAGGCCUUCCAGUUCGUGGAGAAGCACGGAGAAGUGUGCCCGGCGGGCUGGACCCCGGAUUCGCCCACCAUCAAGCCCAAUCCUUCGGAAUCUCAAGAGUACUUUCAAAAAGUCAACAAAUAGUCUAACCAUCUCGAAUCGAAGAAUGUGAUGAGUCGUCAUUUAUUUAUUAAACAUUGGUCCCUUCCUGAGCCCA